ACAAGCUUGGUGUGCGUGUGUGUGAGAGAGAGGCAGAGGCAGGGGCACAUGGGCUGCCCAAAAAAUGUGACCUAUCCAGGACGCAGCUGUCAUUUCAAGGCUGGGGGCACUUGCCCGUCACCUACCAGGAGACACGACCACGGAGAGAGAGGGAGCGAGGGAGAGAGAGGGAGCGAGGGAGAGACAGGGAGCGAGGGAGAGACAGGGAGCGAGGGAGAGACAGGGAGCGAGGGAGAGAGAGGGAGCAAGGGAGAGACAGGGAGCGAGGGAGAGACAGGGAGCGAGGGAGAGACAGGGAGCGAGGGAGAGACAGGGAGCUUAACUCCUGACAAGAAAAAAAGAGUAGUGUGGGUGCACUAGAGCCACUCUCCUUGAGUCCAAGUAGAGCCAGUUUGGAUAGUGGUGACAUUGGAGCCUCCAUAGGUCAGAUCUCUCUCUCUCUCCACUCUUCGGUGGGGUGUAAGCAGAGCCCCAGACCCCCUUCAAAGGGCUGUAACGGUGGCAGCUAAGUCUAGAUGAUCCAGGUGGACUUACACCAGGGGCUCCAGUGGACAGGAGGACAGGCAGAGAGAGGACACUUUAAUUUGUUCCAGAUGAAAUAUUUGGCUUCCCAGAUCUUGUUACCUUAACUGGACUUUGCGAGGAUGUGAAAAAAAUGGACUGCAUAUUUUUCUGGGAGGUGACAAGACUCCAGAUCAAAUUGGAAUGCUGAAAGGUACCUCUGACCAGCCAAGGAAUAGAAGUACCAAUGGAUGAUUUCAUGAGGAUUGUUCCAUACACUCAGUAACUGCAACCCAUAUCUAAAAGGCUGUCACUUGUUGAACAUGAAGUGUUCAGAACCAUGAGCACCAACCCAAAGAAAAUGGCGGAAGGCGGCACACACCUCAGUCCUGGUAUCCCCUCCAAACGGGCCAAAGUUUCCCAGGACCAGGUAGUUCCGGAAACAGGGGACCCAGAUCGAACCCCGCCGGUGUUCGUGCGCAAACUCCGCAAGGCUGCAGUGGGGACAGGGUGUGAUAUCCGCCUGAGGGUGUCUGUGAGGGGUCAACCUGCCCCCUCUCUGUUUUGGUACCGUAACAAUGAGCUCCUGGCCCCGCCUGGGGAGAAGGAUGUUGGGGGUCUGUGGAUCAGGGAUUGCAAGGCCAGUGACGCUGGUCUCUAUACCUGCGUGGCCAGCAACUGCCUGGGGGAGGCUCAGAGCAGCGGCCUUCUUGCCGUUAUGGACCUGGGAGAAGACUCUGAAACCACAGAGGAUGAAGCCACGGAGCCCCAGGUACCCAUGGAAACCAAGGAAGGACCUGGCCGGGUGGCACCAGGACAAGGUGAAGGAUGUAGGAUGAUGGACUCCAGCCCCUGA